AUAACAUAAAAAAGGAAUAGUGACAUUAUCGUUCUUUUGACUGUUAUUAAAAUUAGAAAAUAAAAGAGAUGAGUAUAAUCACUUUAACUUUGCUCCUGUGUGCUGAUCUCCUGGAUUUCGUCAUAGGUUAUUUAACAGUCACCAUUGAGCCUCUCCCUCCUGUAGUUAUGGGGGACACAGUGACUUUGAAGUGCAAUUUCAGGACUGAUGGCAACCUUCGAGAGAUAGUGUGGUUUCGGGUGACGGAGGGAGGUACCUCAAAACAGAAAAUAUUUACUUAUGAUGCCAUGUACAACGCCAAUGUUUCUCACAUGGAGGACUUUCGCAGAAGAGAGGACCUUGUUUACCAGUCUACUGUCAGGCUCCCUGAGGUUCAAAUGGAAGAUGACGGGCCAUAUGAAUGUCAUGUGGGGAUCUAUGACAAGGUGUCUAGAGAGAAGGUGGUCCUGGCAUCUGGGAGUAUCACACUUAAUGUUAUGUCUCCACCAAAAUCUAUAGCUGUCAUUGCUGCAAAUCAGCCAGCUCGAUUUAAUCUCUACGAGGCUCAAAACUUCACGCUUGUUUGCAUUGUUACUGGAGGAAAACCUGCCCCCGUGGUGUACUUUAAGAGGGAUGGAGAACUUAUUGAAGUUCAUACUUCCACAUCUUCUGAGAAAGUAGAAAGCAGAGGCUUGCUUGCAGCCAAAGACAACCAGCCACUUAUUAGCCGAGAACUGGACGAUACAAAAGUGCAGAAGUCCCAGUCUUUCCUGGGCCCUUACAGCGAACCGGUGCGUCUGGACAAGGACAGACCCCAACGCAGCUACACUUCUAGAGCCCCUGGUGAGGAAGAACCUAGCCCCACCACUGAGGUCAUCCCAGAGACUGUGAUCAGUAGAGAAUUCCCUCGCUGGGUGCUCAGCUCAAGCCCGUUGUACUUUUUCAACCAUACUCGGUAUGAACUACAUGACGGUACUCUGGAGGUCCAAGCAAUGCUCACCUGGCACCUGAAUCCACAACUGGACAAUGAGGCUCUGUUCAGCUGUGAAGUCAAGCACCCAGCCCUUUCCAUGCCCAUGAAGGCAGAAGUUACACUCUCUGCUCCGAAAGGCCCAAAACUCUCUGUUACACCAAGCAGAGCGAAAGUGGCAGACACAGUCCGCAUCAAAGUGGAAGGAUUCCAAAUGGGACCUAAAGCGAAUGAAGUGUUUCCAGAGCCUCUGUUCAUAUGGACACGCGUGGGAGGACGCCUGCUGGAUGGCAGUGUGGAGAGAUUUGGGAAAGUACUGGUUCUGGAGAGAGUCCCAGCUGAGCUCAACGGCUCAAUGUACCGCUGCACAGUGCAAAACCCUUUGGGAUCAACCAACAUGCACACCCGCCUCAUAGUGUUUGAAAAUCCAAGGAUCAAGAAAACUACACAUCUAAAUCUCAGUGAUUCUGGUGGAGCUAUGCUCGGACCCUCAUUGAUGCUGCUACUGGUGUCAUUGACUUUAGAGUUAACAUGAACACUACAGGACACACUUUCAAUUAAAACCCUCUAUGAUACUCUUGUCAGCUCCACUGCCAUCUCUCUCGCUGUCCAGCAGCUAUAAUCCAGGACUGAGAAUGCAUCAGAGAAAUGUGUGCUCAGAAUGAGAGUGCAAGCCUCAAUCUACCCCGACGACCUUCAUCAUGUGACUUCAGUUCAGUUUGUUCCACACCUGUUUUGUCACAAUACAGUGACAUUCAUACUUUGCCUUCAUUUUCUACAUUUUAUUUGUGUACAGCUGUUGCAGGAAAGGAUUAGAGUGUGGUGGAAUGGGUCGGCCCACAUACAGAUAAUACUUUACAAUAAGCUGUUUAGUAUAAUGAAAUCUGUAAUGUAAUUUAAUUAAUGUUGUUCCUUAACAUUGUCCAGCAGCUGGGUGCAAAGACACUCACUGGCUUUCAGAGCUGAACUUGAUUUUGAAAUAUCAGAAUAAGCUUCACCUACUACAUGUGACCUCUAGAUGACAGUGUAGAUCUUCAAACCAGACACAUGUGAAAAAA